AUGGCCACCACAAUCGCUACUAGCAUCAUCUCCCUCGCAGUCCUACUCACAGCAUUCAUACUCCACCGCAAGCUCCGCCCUAGAACCACUCUCCCCCUCCCACCCGGCCCCAAGGGUCUCCCCCUCCUCGGCAACAUCAACGACCUGCCUCCCCCCGGCACUCUAGAAUGUCACCACUGGCUCACGCACAAGGACCUCUACGGCCCCCUAAGCUCACUCAGCGUCCUCGGGCAGCCCUUCAUAAUAAUAAACGACGCCUCCCUCGCGCUCGAGCUCCUGCGCGACCGCGCGCUCAUCUACUCCGGGCGACCAGAAUUCACCUUCGCGGGGAGCAUGAUUGGGUGGGAGCACGUACUGGGCAUGCAACAACCGCACGCGCGCUUCAAACAGUACCGCAAGAACAUUGCGAAAGUGGCGAGUUCAGCGGCGACGCUGAAGGUGUUUGACGGCGUGCAGGAGGAGGAGAGUGUGCGGUUUUUGGGGCGCGUGUUGCGCGGGCCCGAGGCGUUGUUCGAGCAUAUUAAAAUGGAAGCGGGCGCGGUGAUUCUCAGAGUUACGUAUGGGUAUACGCCGCGGGAGGAGAAGGAUCCGCUUGUUGAUAUGGCGGGGACGACGAUGGUGGAUUUUGCGGAUGUUAUGAUUCCGGGGAAGUACCUUGUGGAUGUUUUGCCUGCUUGUGAGUUUGCAUGGCUCGGGGGCUGUGGUGCUGCGAGUGGAGAGUUUGUCAAGCGACAAAUGCGCGAGAAAUCGCACAAGACGUCGUAUCUCUCCGAAGCGAUCAAAGACAUCGGUCUGGAUCCGCAGAUGGAAUUCGCAUCAAUGUACAUCGCCGGCGCUGAUACAACGGUCGCUUCGCUGAUGACCUUCUUCCUCGCCAUGAUGCUUAAUCCAACCAUUCAGAAACACGCCCAGGCCGAACUCGACGCCCUCACUUCCCGCACCCGCCUCCCCACAAGUGCCGACAAAGACUCACUCCCAUACAUCACCGCCAUCCUCAAGGAAACGCACCGCUGGCACCCCGUCGCCCCAAUGUCUCUGCCCCACGCAACGACGCAGGAGGAUGUUGUAAGAGGGUACAGGAUACCCAAGGGCGCGGUCGUCAUGGCGAAUACAUGA